AUGAUUUCUGUUUUUGCGAAACGUUUUUUUUCAAGAGGAAGCAUAUUAUUGCAAGAGUCACAAGCUAAUGUUUUAAAAUCAUCAUGCAAAGCAGGGACACCGUUGCAAAUCAAUGUAUUGAAAACUGGUAAAGAUCCAAUUGCGUUAGAAGACUCAGAAUAUCCUCCAUGGUUAUGGACUGUUUUGGAUAAAGGUGCUCAAGCAGCAAGGUUAGAGAAUGAUCCACUUAAACUAAGAAGAAAAGAGCUUAGAAGGAAAAAUAGGGCUAAUAUUAAGCAAAAUAACUUCUUGAAGCAAAUAUAG